ACCAAGGAUUGAGUACUGUUAGGGUUUGUACUUUCCAUUUGGAAUAGAUUAGGAAAACCAGCUCUGCAGUACUCUUUCCAAGCUAUGGAAUCUUCUUUCUCACAGUUUAUUGGAGAAAUACUAAAGCCUGUUUAGUCACUUCUACUUGAAUUUAUUUGAAUCAACUCGCUUGAAUGGUGAUGAUGAAGAAGAAUCCAUUGAACUUAUAUGAUGAAGAUGAGGAAGGUGAUGACGGAACUAAGGCCAGAGAUGGUGCAAGUUCAAGCAACAGCAUCGUUGAAGAAUGUGAGAAGAAGGCAAGUCCAAAUGGGGUGCGGCACUAUGUAAGAUCAAAGAUGCCAAGGCUACGAUGGACCCCUGAACUUCAUCUUUCUUUUGUUCGAGCCGUGGAGAGACUUGGCGGUCAGGAGAGAGCAACUCCAAAGCUUGUCUUGCAACUAAUGAACAUCAAGGGUCUUAGCAUUGCACAUGUGAAGAGCCAUUUGCAGAUGUAUCGGAGCAAGAAAAUCAAUGAUCAGGGUAAAGAUGAUUACCUUCCUCAAAAUCUUUGGCAUCAGUCCACGCUUCAUGAUCAUCAAAGAGUUAUCAGUGAUAUUUCAUGGAGUGCUUUCUGUGGAAAUCGAACGCCUGAGCCGUACCUGACUAAUUUCAUAAAUAGUAGAAGGAAAGCUUGUUCAAACGCAAGGAAUGAGAUUCUGUACAAUAUGAAUAAUAACUUCAUCUUCAGUCAGCAACCUGUUAAUGAAAUGGUAGAUGACUGUGAAAGCAACGGAGCACAAAUACAGCCAAUGCUAAUGCAUAUGCAUCCCUGUUUUGCAAACAAAUGGUUUGGGAGAGGAGCAGAAAGGCAGGGAACGUCCAAAAGAAAACCGCUUGACGAAGACCUUGAUUUGAGCCUAUCACUGAGCACAAAGUUGAGGAGAAAGACAUCCAAUGAAGAAGAAGCGACGAAUAGCAAUUUAUCUCUUUCGUUAUCUUAAAUUGGCGAGUACCCUGGAUCUGACUAUAUGAAUUAGAGAGAAUUCUAGUGAGAUCUUGUUGGUACUUGUACAAGAAAAUAACAAAAGUUAUUAUCAUAGGUGGUGCCCUACACUAAGAGGUUAUGGCAAAAAUUGUCAUGGUCUAACUUUGCUGUCGAUUUUCCGUUCUCAAGUGCUUGUUUUAAUUGCAAUAAAUCUUCAAGUGCUUACUUCCAGGCCAUCAUGAUUUAUGAUCA